CGUUUCAUCCAACUCGCUUCCUAACAGAAACAUCAUUGUCUUCUUUCUUGCUCUGUGUUCCCAAUCGGGUUGCCGCCGCCGGAUCUUGCGGGAGAGCUUAGCCGCUGGAUCCCCAGCGAUGGCCUCGGCCUGCGUCAACGACGCCGCCCCGCCGCCGGACACCGCCUUCCUCGACUUUGCCCCGGCAUGCCCCGUCUACGGCUGGCUCAGCCCUAGGAUCUCCUUCAGCCGCGACCUCGCUGACGGCUCUGGGCCUGACCCUGAGCCCGUUGCCGCUGCGGUGACGGAGACCCCGGAUGCGGACGACCCGGGCAAGGAUCUUCCGGACUUCGAGUUCCGCCUCGAGGAUCCCGUCGCGAUGCUGCCUGCCGACGAGCUGUUCUCGGACGGGAAACUGGUCCCGCUCCAGAUCUCCGCAGUGCGGCCUGCUGUGGAGCUGGCCGAGGGGAUCCCCUCGCCGGAGGCGGAGAAGCCCCGUGGGGAAGCGGAGGUCAUCGGAUCGGAGUCCUGCGAGAAGUCCCCCAAGGCGCCGCGGUGCUCCAACCGGUGGAGGGAUCUACUCGGCCUCAAGAAACUGCAGAACCUGAAGGCGGAGUCCCAGAAGACAGCGUCGCUUCCUUGUAAGGGCCUGAACUCAAGCACCAGAUCCCUCCGCAAUCUUCUCCGUCAACCGAAGCCCUCCUCUUCCGCCGAUUCCUCCCUUAGCGUCCCGCUUCUCCGCGACUCGGAAUCGGAACUGGCCUCCAUCUCUGCCCGCCGCUCCCUAUCCUCGUCCGGCGCCGACCAUGAAGAGCUCCCGCGCCUGUCCCUCGACUCCGAGAAGCCGGCCCAACCGCCGCCCCGAGUUCGGCUGUCCCGGCCGAGGGGCACCACACCAGAGGGGGUGCCGAACGCGGGGCGGAGCCCGGUGAGGCGUGGGGCAGAGGUGGACAGCCCGCGGAUGAACGCUUCAGGGAAGGUGGUGUUCCAGGGCCUGGAACGAAGCUCGAGUAGCCCGGGGAGCUUCCACGGCGGUGGCCACCAUCAUCACCACCGGGUAAAGCCGUACCGGGGGAUGGAGCGGUCGUACUCGGCCAAUGUCCGAGUAGCCCCGGUCCUCAACGUGGUCCCAGUCGGCUCGCUCCGGGUCGGCUUGGGCCAGCUCUUCUCGCCUAUCAAGAAGGAGAGGGACGUGAAUUCUCACAACGGCGGCGGCAGCAGCAGCAGAAGAAAGAUCAUCGACAAGGAGAAGGCCUGAAGGAAACUACCGCCGCAUGGCCAAGAGGCAAAAGCAAAAGUAGCGGGACCCGUCGACGCAUCCAAUCAGAUGCAGGUGGGUGUGAGGGUAACUCUCGGUCGGUUAUUCACUUUGGUCUGUCCAUCCGAGACCGCCCAUCUCACCGUCUUUUUAAUCUGAACCGUCGGUGCAUAUCGGACAA